AUGCAUAUCUAUGAAAUGAAUAAUACUAAUUAAUAGUAUUUAAAGACAAAACAUAUUCUUGUAAAAGGUGGAGGUGAUGAUUAUUAUUUCUUUCCUUAAUAGCAUAUAAAAUCGAAAUGCCUGCUUGUAAAUAGGAAUGGCAAGUAUGUGAAUUCGAUAAGGACAAACGAAAAUGGUGAAUUUAAAACUGAAUAAUCCAUCGAGUUUAUAGAUUAUCAGUUAUAUGGAUGUUUGAGCGAUGAUGGAUAGUAUUUAAUAACUUGGGAUUAUAUUUCAAAAGAAUUACAGAUUAGAAAAUAUUAUGAAUUAUGA